AUGACAUCAACACCAUCAGAAACACUCGAAGAUCUCUGCACUCGAGUCCAGACCAUCCUGCCAGAACAAUUCCGAAAAGAUGCAUGGUAUCUCAUCGUCACAGCAGUCCUAGUAGGCUGCAACAAAUCCACUGAAACAGGCACCCUCUACACAAACCUCGUAGAGCACGUCUCCGAGUCUGAGGAAAAACGCAUCAAAGCCCGGUUGAGCGAUGUGCUAAUGAAAGAAUGGACUCUCGUCGGCGUAACGCCUAUCGUAUAUGCAGUUACUGCAUUGGGCAAAGCAGAGACCGCCUUUUACGAAAAGCGAGGUCUCAAGAUGGAGGAAGCCCCUCCGUCAGAGGAUGGGCUACUCGAUUUUCCUGAUAAGCGGAAGAAUAUCGAUUUCAAUAAUCAUAUCCCGGACAGAGGUACUAAGUUUCUGCAACAACUGUAUCGCCAAAAUCUAGCCCCGAUCUGUGCCUCUUGGGGUUCGUUUGCGUCUGAUUUUAUGUGGAUGGAGCGAAGCGUGAUUUAUGGCUUGUUUCUUUCGGAUCAUGAAAUCCUCUCAGCUGUGGAGGCUGAGUUGGUGAUCCUAACGGGAAUUAUGAUCCAGGGACUUAGUGCACCCACGAUCUGGCAUCUUAGAGGCUUGAGGAGGUUAGGUGUUAGUGAGGAGGAUACGGAGAAGGUGCAGUUGGCUAUUGAGGCGGUGGCCGGUUGGUCAGGGAGGGAUGUUGAGGGGUGGCCUAGGGUGAAGGAUAUAGGCGAUAUUUGA